GUUCCCUGAUGGGCGUGGAGCUCAUUUUACUCAAUGACGGAAACAGACGAGUGACUUGUACACUGGGUUGCAAUUCAAAGCAGCGUUAUUAGAAAAAGACUCGAGGGAAGUAAAGGUGUGCGGAUAAAAUGCCGGCAGUUUCUUUCUGUUCUUAAGUUGCAGUGUGAAGGUAGACCCCUUGUUCUCCAUGUCUUGCUAAAGCUUCAGACGUGGGACUAGAGCACCAUGUGGGAGCCUCAAGAGUCUCGAUACAAUAUUGAGGAGUGGCUGAUGACCCUUCGCUUGUCGCAGUACAUCUCCUUUUUCCAGAAGGCUGGAUAUCAGGUUGUGGAAGACUGCAGAGGACUCACAGAUGAGCGACUCCUGGAGCUUCAAGUGCUACCAACCGGCCACCGUAAACGAAUCCUCUGGAGUUUGGAGGCGCAAGGGUUGAAGCAGAAGGAUGGAGAGAAAGGUGAAAGUGAGCAGGAUGCUCCGGAGAGUGAUGGAAAUGAAAAGAAGCCACCGUUAUUCCCAAGACACAUUUUCCGUAAGGACCGAAGCAGGGGGCUGUCCUAUCAACAUAACCAACCAAAAGAGAAUAGGGACUAUAAUGUAGAAGGGAGUCAGACUUUGCCCGCAGGUGCUGGACUAACACCAGAUUGUCAGAACCAGUCAGAUCGCCAACAUAUUAUUCCACCGGUACCUGCCCCACGUAACCUCCAACUUACACAGACAUCUGUGUCCUCACGUCCCUGCGUUCCUACCUCCAUGCUCUCGAGUAGCAGCAAUGAAUUGCUUCCCACCUCGGAAACACCCUCUGAUUUCGAGGCCUCUUCAGAAGAGCAGUGUCAGUCGAACUAUGACUCCGUGCUCUCUGCUACCAACGCUCUCCUUCCAGUGCUAGUCGAAGACCAAGAGGAUUGCUAUGGUGAAAUGGUGGAAAACUCAAUUUACGAGGCACAACCAGCAGGUUCUCGACUUACCCGCUCCUACCGGUUAAGGCACCGGCCUGUUCCUGAAAUCCCCAGUGAACCUGCUGCUGCGCCCUUGGACAGGAGCGCACAAACAACCAGCCCUGAACACCUAACCGGCUCAGAGCGUCCCACUGGUGCAAACGGCAUACAGAAAGCUCCACUUCAAAGAACCUUGACGCCCAUCGCUCCCUACGGAGAAAUAUUCCUGUACAACAAGCCCGGCUCGGCUCCGGAAAAAGGGGCCAAAGACGGGUUGCAGAAGGCCUUUAAGGCCAGGAUGAAACAGAAGAAAAAGAGAAAACAAUCCAAAGAAAAAGAAAGUCCUCCAGCUGUCCCAGACGUAGACGAAUACUCGACCGUGAACAUGUGUGCCAGCAUGCUACCUCGGACCAGUCUGGACACAGCUUUUUCCAUGACCCCUGACACUGCCCCGGUUGGUUUGGCGACCCCUGGCCCCGAAGACGAGUCCAUGAUCAUGGUGGAGUGCGACCUCUACACGGAGUCUUCAAACUGUCGAGGGAUUGUCACAGAAAGCACAGGGCCCGACAUCUCGCCAUACGCUUGCUUCUACGGAGCUCCCAAACAAGCGGUCAAAGUGGGCUGGCUGGACAAGUUGUCACCUCAGGGAAAUUGUGUUUUCCAAAGAAGAUGGGUGAGAUUUGAUGGCGAGAGUCUGGGCUACUACAACAAUGACAAGGAGAUGUACUCCAAAGGUCUGAUCCUGGUCAGUGCCAUCAGACAGGUGAAAGGACUGGGCGAAAAUAAGUUUGAGGUCAUCACGGGCCUCCGGACUUUCACAUUCCGGGCUGAGAAAGAAGGGGAGCGCCAGGAGUGGAUGGAAACUCUUCAGACGGCCGUGCGCCCCCCCGCCAGCAGCUCCCAGAAGUGCACCGACAGCCUUUCCCACCUCUCCUCCACAAACAAGCGAGGCUUGCUGGAGCUCCGUGGUUACAAAGGCAGACUGCUGGUGUCCCUGGUGGGGAGUAAAGUCAGGCUCUGCAAAACAGAACAGGACUUUCGAGCAGGGCUUGGUAUAUGCGAGGUGGAGCUUACUGCUGCCAACAUUAAAGAAAUGGACCGCAGAGGCUUUGAAAUCAACACACCUUUCAAAAACUUCUGCUUUGUGGCAGACUCGGAACGGGAGAAGGAGGAGUGGGUCGAGGCGAUCAAAGAAUCAAUCGCGGAGACGCUCUACGACUACGAAGUGGCGGAGAAGAUCUGGUUCAACGAGGCCAAUAGGAGUUGCGCCGACUGUGGCGCGUCGCAGCCAGAAUGGGCGUCAGUCAAUCUGGGUGUGGUCAUCUGCAAGAAGUGUGCAGGACAGCACCGGUCCCUUGGACCAAGUUUGUCAAAGGUGCGGAGCUUAAAGCUGGACAGCAGCAUCUGGAGCAAUGAACUUGUAGAGCUUUUCCUGGAGGUGGGAAACCAGAAUGCUAACAGUUUCUGGGCCGCUAACCUCCCCUUAGAGGAGGAGCUUCACAGCAGGGCCUCCACCGAGCAGCGUGCCACGUUCAUGCGCCGGAAGUACAGAGAAAGAAAGUACAGGAAGGUCCUGGAGGACUUUCAUGAUCUGGAGGAACUCAAUAAGGCACUGUGUGCAGCCGUGGUGUCGUCUGACGUGCUGCAGACCAUGGAGUUGGUGUUCAGUGGGGCGGACAUUAUGUGCGCCACCGGAGAUCCGGUCUACUCCACUCCGUACCUCUUGGCUCAGCGUGCCGGGCAGAAGCUACAGAUGGAGUUCCUGCAUCAGAAUAAACUAACUGAUUUCCCCAGGCUGGAUCAGUGGUCAGAGAACGCUUCACUGCCUGAUGUGUCCGUCUUCAUGGACGGCUUUCUCUAUGUCUCGUCUGGCCCAGCUAAGACGAUGCCGGAUCGGCGUGGACGAGACGACAUGGGACGACGCUGGUGUACAUUGGAGGGCGGCUUCCUGAGUUAUUACGAGAAUGAGCGAAGUCCCUCAGCCAUAGGGAGGGUAGAUGUCACCGAAGUGGUCAGCCUGGCUGUCAGUAACUCAGAAACUAUGACUGGAGUGGGGGCUGUGUUUACCGUUGAGCUCUAUCUUCGAACGGAGCGAGCCCUGACUGUCGGAGCCGAGACGCAGGAUACGCAGCAUGACUGGAUCCAGGCGCUGACAAAGUGCUUUGUCCCGUCUAAGGUGGAGGGACUGGUGCGGAAACAAAGCGAACUGAUUGGCAGACUCCACUACAAAGAAGGCCAUGACCUGUAUCACUGGAGGAUGGGCUGGUUCAUGCUGGAGGGCUCCGCCCUGCACUUCAGCUCUGGAGAUGAGGCGGGAGAGGAGGAAGUGCUUCAUCUCAAACAACUGCAAGAGCUUACUGUCUCCACACAUAUCGAGGGCGAAGACAAGAUCCAAGUUCUACUGAUGGUGGAAAGCGGAAGCAGGACAAUUUACAUCCACGGGUUCAGCAGGAUGGACUUUUCUCUGUGGCACUCUGCAAUCACGCUGGCUGCCGGCACAGACGGCAGAGCGCUCGGUGACCAGCAACUGACCAAAAACGGCGUCCCUAUUAUAGUCGACAGCUGCAUUGCUUUUGUCACUCAGUACGGUUUGUGCCAGGAGGGGAUCUACCAGUCUCCGGGGGAUCCUGCCCGGGUGUCCCUCCUCCUGGAGGAGUUCACUCGUGAUGCCCGCAAUGUGAAGCUGAGGAACAAGGAACAUCAGCUGGAAGAUGUAACAGACACCCUGAAGCGCUUCCUAUCCCAGUUGGAAGACGCACUUUUGACCAAGGAGCUCUAUCCAUACUGGGUGUCAGCUCUGGAUGAGGCGGAGGAGAAGCAGAGAGUGAAGAAGUAUUCAACUUUCAUAGAGAGCUUGCCAAAAAUCUACAGGUCGACUCUUCAUGCCUUGCUUCAACACCUGUACAGGAUUCAGCAGUGCUCCCACCUCAACGGAAUGCCGAGUGAAAAACUGUCCGCCGUUUUCUCCUCCUGCCUGUUCCAGACGCAAGGACAGACUCCACAGGAAAUGAGCGUGAUUCGUGACCUAAUCAGCAACUACGUUACGCUUUUUAGUGUCAAUGAAGACCAGGUGCAACAGAUGGAGACAGAGAAUAGCUUCAUCACUCGCUGGAAUGAAAAGAAGGACACAGCAUUCUGCCCAGCAGGGGAUUUGAUCUUUGAGGUGUAUCUGGAAAAGCGUGAGCCGGAGCAAUGUUGUUUAAUAAAGCUCUCUCCAAGUAUGCGGUCUUGCGAGCUCGCAGAAACUGCACUGAGUAUGAGAAACGUCACCUUUGAGGCAGAUGACCUGUGGACCACCUUUGAAGUUAUAGAAAAUGGAGAACUAGAGCGACCGCUGCACCACAGUGAAAAGAUUCUUGAGCAGGUGCUGGAGUGGAGUACCUUGGACUGCCCAAGCUCUGCUUUUCUUGUUAUAAAGAAAUUUGCAGGUGCCAAAAGAAUGGCUGGAGGAAAAGACCCGCAACAGUUUUUAAAGAGCGACUAUCUGAAGUUCAGUGAUGGAUCCUCCAAAUUGCUCUCGGGUCACAAAUUCCAGGACAAGUACGUUGUACUUCGCUCAGACAAGCUGCUUCUUUACAGGGACAUCAAAAACACUAAAGCGGAGAAAGAGAUUCAGUUGAAGAUGGUAAAAUGUUACCUGGGCCUGAAGAAAAAGCUCAAACCUCCAUCCAACUGGGGUUUCACAGUUUACACAGAUAAACAUCAGUGGCACUUCUGCUGUGACAGGAGGGAGACUCAGAUCAGCUGGGUGGCAGACAUCAUCGCUCUGAAGCAUGGGUCUGAUCUCCAGAUGAAGACCAGCACCAACAAAGAAACUGCAGAUUUCAAAACGUCCAAAGGAAGCGCUGUAAGAGAAAGCAGCAAGCCAUACAACCAUAGCUUCAGCACGCAGUUGACAGAUAGGAGGGUUUCUCUUGGAGACGCUGACUUGAGGACAACCAAAGUCUCUGGUCUUUACCUCAAAACCAACACGAUACCCAAAGGUUUAAAGCCUGACUACCUAUCACAGACCCCAGAGGUUUCUCCGCGCAGAACCUCUGUGGACAUUUGCCAGCCUCAAAGGCUGCCACCUCCAUCCUUGCCAGGACACCUCAAGCCCAUGCCACUGCCGGUUUUACCUCAAACUGGCAAUAAGACACCUGGCAAAAAACCCAUUCCAGGUAUUGGGGGAGCUAUGCCCGCUAACUUGCUCAACGAGCUGAACUUGGUCCUCAACAAGAAUGCUCGCAAGACCACUGAAUGACAAACGUGAAAAGAAGCUUGGUAGUUGAAAUGCAACUAGUGCAGAGGCUGAAGAGAAGAAAAAAACGUAACUGCAGUUUUAGCUGGAAAGAGUUGUUGUUGCUGUUGAACUUUGAUUCUGAAUGCUGAAGCGGAUGCACAGGGUGGGGGAUGCAGUGGAUGUGGUACUAACCCAAGCACUACACGGUGUGAUUUACACGCCUGUCAGGGAUGCAAAUCAAAAGUUAGCAUAAACAUUUCCACCUUUACUUAAUGCCUGAAACAUUUCUUUAAGAAGCUUGUUUUUAUUGUACAGUAGUAGUACAAAGUACUUAAGAGCAUUUUUAGGACUUUUUAUUGAAGACUCUCUACUGGUCAACAAUUUCCUAUUGUAUUUUGUUGGAAAAUUUAUCGCCCAAAGUUUAUCUGUAUAUAUAAUACAUAGUGCUUCUUAUAUUUUAAUUUAAGCACCAGUUUUAAAUGUUCCUUGUGCAUGUCUGCAUAUAAAAUUCUAAAAGUUGAAACUUUUAACAGAUUCUUAUUUUUAUAAACACAUGAUGCAACACGUCUGGUCGAAGGGGUAGACUAAUGUGUUGCGUGUAUUUAUAGUUCAUAGGUGACUUUUAUAUUGUAUCCUUUAACUAUACAAGUAGAGGUGUUUUAAGCUUAUAAUUAAGUGGCAAACCACUUUAAACUGUCUGCCCUCAAAUGUAUUUUUAAUGUACAGCAUGAAUAUAUUAAUAAACUCUGAAAAAUUCUGUGA